ACUCCGCCAUCUUGCAGUCUGUGGCGCGCAGUUGGCGCGAGUAAACGUUUCCCGCCGAAACAUUCAAAUUUCGAACUUCGAACGCGAUAGAUAAAAAUUUUCUUCCGUGCGUGUAUUCGGCCUGUGUUUUUUUUUUAAUUACUGGAUGUGUUUCCGAUGCAAUCGCGAGUGGUGUAGUGAAAUAAUAUGAUAAACUUUUGUGUGGACAUAGAACAUUCAAAGGAUUAUUUGUAUCGUUAAUGUUUACUGAUAUUUUCAUGUAAUGGGGACAUAUCGGUGGAAAUUUGACACAAUUUUGAAAAUGGACCUCCUAACAUGGACGGCGCUAGUUUUAGCAGUUUUCACAUUUGCAACUCCAGCGCUCAGCAGCGAGCCGCGAGUGGUGUGCUACUACACGAACUGGUCGGUCUACCGGCCAGGCACGGCCAAGUUCAACCCACAGAAUAUCAACCCCUAUCUGUGCACGCAUCUCGUCUACGCCUUCGGGGGAUUCACCACGGAGAACGCACUCAAACCCUUUGACAAAUACCAGGACAUUGAGAAAGGCGGGUACGCGAAGUUCAAUGGCCUCAAGACAUACAACAAGAAUCUGAAGACAUUGCUCGCUAUAGGCGGGUGGAAUGAAGGCUCCAGUCGGUUCUCCCCCAUGGUCGCCUCCAAGGAAAGAAGGAAGGAGUUCGUCAGGAAUGCUAUAAAGUUCCUCAGACAGAAUCACUUCGAUGGACUCGACCUGGACUGGGAGUACCCCGCAUCCCGCGACGGCAGCAAGCCUAAAGACCGGGAGAACUACGCCAAGCUCGUGAAGGAGUUGAGAGAGGAGUUUGAGAAGGAGUCACAGAAGACAGGGAAGUCGAGGUUGCUGUUGACCAUGGCCGUGCCCGCUGGCAUCAGCUAUAUCAAGAAGGGAUUUGAUGUCAAAACUUUGAACAAAUACCUGGACUGGAUGAACCUGCUCACGUAUGACUACCACUCGGCCUUCGAGCCGGCAGUGAACCACCACGCACCACUGUACCCCCUGGAGGAGCCCAAUGAGUACAGCGAUGAUAGCGAACUUACUAUUGAUUACACCAUAAAAUAUUACCUGGAGAACGGCGCCGACGCACACAAGCUCGUCUUGGGGAUACCCACAUACGGCCGGUCGUACACGCUGUUCAACCCUGAUGCUUUUGAGAUUGGAGCGCCUGCUGAUGGUCCAGGAGAACAGGGAGAGGCUACCAGGGAGAAGGGAUACUUGGCUUAUUAUGAGAUCUGCGAAUACUUGAAGCCGAAAGAGCGAAAACGCAGCGUAGCCAAUGAAGAAGAGGAAUCGGAAGAAGAUUCCGAGGAGGAAGAAGAAGAAGAAGAAUGGACCGUGAUGUAUCCGAAUCCUAAGGCCAUGGGCCCUGUGGCAUACAGGGGCAACCAGUGGGUCGGCUACGACGACAUCGAAAUUGUCAAGAGGAAAGCGGAGUACGUCGCUGAAAAUGGUCUUGGAGGAAUUAUGUUCUGGUCCAUCGACAACGACGAUUUCCGAGGAACCUGCCACGGCAAGCCCUACCCUCUGAUAGAAGCUGCGAAGGAGGCUUACAUACUUAAAACAGGAGCCACAGACAACGCGAUCGUCACAGAGAAGCCCCAACCCUCACGCACCAGUUCGAGGCGACGCAACCGACCUCGCACUUCGACCACAACCACCACUACUACUCUAAAACCCACUGCAGCCAAGACAUUGAGCAGCAAACGCAAGAGCUCAGUCACCAGCACCACUCCCUCCUGGAACAUCAUCACUCCUGAACCCCCCACCACCCCGGACCCAGGAUCAGACUUCAAGUGUAAAGACGAAGGUUUCUUCCCCCACCCCCGCGACUGCAAGAAGUACUUCUGGUGUCUGGACUCUGGGCCCUCCAACCUCGGCAUUGUGGCUCAUCAGUUCACUUGCCCUUCUGGCCUCUUCUUCAACAAGGCCGCGGAUUCCUGCGACUUCGCCCGCAACGUCCUCUGCAAGAAGCCCAGCGCCACCACGAAGGCCCCCCCCAAGGCCCCCAGCUCUAGCACCACCACAACCACAACCACAACCACCAGGAGGCCUAUCAAGCUGAGCACUAAGAACUCAGUGCUGUUUAGGACCACUACCACUACAACUACUACUCCGGAACCUGAGGUUGAAGAAGAAGACGAAGUUCAUGAUGACGCGGCAGACAUCGAAGCUGAAGACCCUAAAGUCAUCAAGGAGCUGAUCGAUCUUAUCAAGAAAGUUGGUGGAGUGGAGCAAUUGGAAAAACACCUGAAGCUGUCAGGAGGAUCGCAGCCGGCAGACGGCGCCACCACCACGCCGUCCUCGCUCAACAAGAAGCUGUACAAGGUGCUGGAGCGCACCCGGGGCAAGAGCAGAUUUGGAAACAGCAUUCUAGAAGAGGCCUCGUCUGGCAACAGCCGCCGCGGUCCGCAGAACGCGGGUCUGGCUCCAGCUGAUGAUAGGGAUGCCUUGCUCAAGAAGGAUAGGCCUCAAUACACAACAAUAAAUCGGUCUCGCCAACAAACCACAGCACAGCCAGAAGAGCAAGAAGAUGAAUCAGAACAAGAAGCAGAGGUGGACAGCCGACCAGUCUCCCGCGCCAGGGUAGCGGAGCAGGAUGGAACUACAUCCAAGACGUUACAGUACGUCAAUAUCAGAAGAGCCAGACCUACGUACAACACGGACACGGCUGAUGAUACUGCCUCCAGGAACGCCUUGUUCGAGCGCGCGGAGCCGUACGUGGCCGGCGCGCUGGACGUCAGCGCGCGGAGGGAGAACAUGCCAGAGUACGUCACCAUUAGAAGACAGAGGCCUACCACUGAGGAGACCACUACAGUGCAAUAUCAUAACACGGAUCUCGAAGAAGAUUCCCAAGGCACUGCACUCGAAAGAGAGAUAUCCGCCCAACCACAAUACACGUCUAUUGUCAGAGCACGAUCCACCACUCUUUCUCCUUCUGAAGGUCUCGUCAAUCCUGAACCCACUACAGUCCUAGCUGUCCAAAUAUCUUCUCUUUUGAACUCCCCAAGUCCUACUGAGGCCCAAACACUCGAGAAUGAAACUGAAGCUCUUAUCACUGAAACCGAACCGACUUCCACUACUACGACGACAUCGACUUCCACGACCACGACUACGGAGCUACCUACAGCAGCUUCAAGCGUCACUCCAAGGCAAAUAGGCUUCAGGCGACGAGGCUCCACAACAACAACACCUUACACGACCACCCAGGGCUCAAAAGACCGUCGGCUGAACUUCCUUCGCCGGACCAAAUCCACCACUAUCCCGACAGUUCCGGACACCGAACCUGACACAGACGUCGAAGCCACCACAGCCAAAUCCCGGCGAGGCCCAUCGCGUUUCAAGUCCCGAACUUCGGACACGAAAGAGAGGGAGACAGAGCAGCCAUCUUUGAAAAACGCGCGCCGCAAUGAGCUGCCGAGACGCAACUACUUACGCCGCAGGCCUGGAGGGGACGUUACAACAACAUCGUCACCACCCCCCGCCCCAGUGUCCUCCACCCUGGCCGCGCUGGCUGCGCGUCGCCCCUUCCGCGUGUCCAGCAGACGGCGACCCAUCAUCAACGCGACCACGACCACAACCACCGCCAAACCUGCCCCGACGGAGAACAGUGAUGAGGACUUCCUUCAGGACGUCGAGGAUUAUGAUUACGAAGACCCGGACAUGAAAACGCGUAUAGCAUCAAAGGCGCCGAAAACCCCACGGCGUCCGCUGGUCACCCUGAAAGAGGAAGACCAGAACCCCUCAGCCACAAAUGAGGAGGAGAAUAAGAGACAUAGUAAGAAGUACAGUUCCACCUUCAAGAAGAACCAGUUUGAAAAUGAUCUUAACGUUAGGGACGAAGAAGAUUCCACGGAGAAAAGAACCACUGUUUAUGAAUUCGACGAAAUCAGUCCAGAAACGGCAGUGGCCAUUGCGGCCCACCAGCUCCUGUCGGCGCCUGUACCCGUCAUCCCCAGCUACGACGAAGACACCACACCGACCAGAAAGUCAACCACGUCGCCCAAAACUGUCACAGAGUUCGAAUUCACCAGUCCCCAAUACACCGAGACAUACAAUAAAGUUGACAGCAAGACAUACAAAGAUGAUUAUAAAACGACUGUAGUCCCUAGUCCAGAGAAUCCAGAAAGGAGCUUCGCACAAGGCUCAACAGGUCCAGAAUACAGUGUUUUGCCGUUAGACUUCGAUACGCUCAGAACCACAAGCUUCGCACCCAAAACCACGUACAGCACAGCUUUUCCCCAGUCCGUAGACUCAGAACCUACCAUCACACACAUAGGCCUCACUGGCACACGAUACCCAUUAAAAAAUACCGAAUACACAACAGCAGAGUUCACUGGACCUACAGCAUCGAAUGCAGAAGUACCCAAGAUAACGUACCCGGAGCCAACUAGUUUUGCACCAAAAUCUCCAUUCAGACAAUUCCCAAAAGACACUUUCAUUACAAAAGCAGAAGCAACAGGACCGACAGCGGUUAAUUUAGAUUUGCCUGCCAAUAAAUACCCAGAAGCACCAUCCACAAGUUACAUACCUAAAUCCACAUUCAGAACAACAUUACAAUCGAAACCCACUGGAUUUUCGUUGCCAGAUUUGCGCGGCACAACGUUUACAGCAUCUACAUUUGCCCCUAAAACUUCAAGACCUAUAAACUCGAGGGUGUCAGGGUCAAGUCCGAAGCUAAUUCCAGUGCCUGUUGAAGACUACGCCUUCACCACAAACACAUACUCAGGUUUGGGACAAGAGCCUGCGUAUUUUACUAGAGAAUAUUUGUUGGAAUCGCCCGUGACUAAGGCUUACGAUGAACAAUACCAAUAUAUCCUGCCAACCACGACAACAACCUCACAGCCUCCACGGAAGAUAAUAAGAAAGAAGCACAGAAAGAUAUCGACCACAUUAAAACCAACCACCGAGGCUUACGUUCCGGUGGUGACCACAGCCAAGCCGAGAAGGGUGUCGACGGUGAAACCUUUUGAGAAGGUGCAGAAAACUGCUCCAAAUAGAACGUAUAGACCGAUUUUGAACUAUGACUACUAUGAUGAUGGACAGGAGAAAGUGGCUGAGAAAUAUGUGGAAGGCACAAAAGUCGUUGUACAUGCUAAAGGUAACAUCGAAUGCCUAGACAUCGGCAACUUCCCGCACCCGACCUCCUGCAAGAAGUUCAUAUCGUGCGCGCGCAUGGAGAGCGGGGCCCUGCUGGGCUGGGAGUACGUCUGUCCCAAGGGCUUGAGCUUCGACCCAGUGGGAGGCAUCUGCAACUGGUCCGCCGGCCUCGGCUGCGUCGAGAAAGACGCUUGACAUUCAAAAGUUUAUAAAACGAGUUUUAAUUUACACGCCAGACCAGCCAACAGUUCACAUACUAAGAAGUUUGUCCUAUUGCCGAGCAGAAGGAGGAACAUUGCUAUAAACACGUCUCCGAAGAGAGGCAUCGGCAUUGCCAUGUCUCCUAUCUCUGUCUGCAAACAGAUAAUUCAAUCGCGCGAAAUCGAUGAUAAUUUUCGCGAUUCUGUGUGUAUUUCAGUAUUCCCACGAAAUAGAAUUUAAUGUACGACAAGAAUAUUUUUUUAAAUAUUAAAAAAAAAACCUUUAAAAUAAGAACAUGUAUAAAGUACGUACUUGUAAAAGUAGCAUGUACAAUCGAGGGCAGAUAAAGGGGGUUGGUUUUAUCUACCAGCGUACUGUACCUAGUGUAAGUACGAUAGACGCCAAACAACAGUGCUGGCAUUAUGUUCCUCUACGAAUAGACUGAGAGCCAGUAAUUACAGGGUACUGUGGCAAAAGAUCCUAGGCUUGAGAAAAUGGACAACGCGCGUGAGACAUCCCUGGUGUUGCAAGCGUCCAUAGGCUGUGGUGACCGCACACUAUGAGGUCGACAACAUGCCUGCGCUUAUCUACUUAAAACUUACUUCGAAAAGGAUAUAUUUUCCAAAAAAGCAAGAUUCAUCAAAAUUUUCCGUUAAAACUAGUAAAGUAAAAAAAACUCGUUUUAUAAAACGAAACGUGAAAAACAAUACCGCAAUAUGACGGCCGUAACAAUAAUUUGUUACCAACACUUAACUAUUCACUACCAUUCUUUAUUUAUUUUUACUGAAAAAUUAAAAUGCAAAACAAAAUAAUAUUGUAUAAGGUUUCAAUACCUUAAUUGUUCGUCUUUGUGAUUUGUGAUCCUGUACGUUUGACUGAAAGUAUAAUUAUUGGCCAAGAACAAACGUUGAAACUUAAAUGCAAUAUCCACUUAUAAUACGGGAGGUGGUACCCCUAUUCGAUCGAAUAUCAUACUGGAAUACUAUUUUAGGCGUAAAUUUGACAAUAAAAGGCUUGACGUAACUGACGGCGCAAAAUGUGAGCUUUUUUUGUUUAUUUUUAAACAUUUUCUUUAUAACAUAUUUAGCCGCACUUUCGCGCGUUUCUCCCCACUAUUUUCUAAUUUACUUAACAAAAUUGUAUUCCAGAGUGAUGUUCGAUCGAAUAGGCACUCGUAGCCUAUCCCUCCCAAACAAUUUUUGUCAUAACUCAUUCGAGUGACCACCACGAUGAGUCCAUUGACGAAACGGUGGCAAAAUGACUGUAGUUCAGUUUCGAUGCAGUUGCGUUUCAACGUCUGCGCUGGGCAUUAUGUGCUUAAGUACAAUCACUUAAGUAUUUAUGCUAUUUUAGGCGAAUGAAUUCUGAAGAGAAUCACUUAAAACUUUAUUUUUCGAUGAGAUUCUUGUGUAUAUUUAAAAUUAUUCUAAGUCAACUUUUAACAUUAUUGUUUAAAUCGUUCGUGUAAAAAAACACUGCCAAUUAAAUGCUCUUUAGGUUUCUAAUUUUUUUUUUUCUAAUUGUUAUUAAAUUUUACUCGGAACUCGAUCACUGUUCAAUGCAGAUAUUUGCACAUUUUUUAGAAACUAUUUGUACGUGGUCGUUGCGUUUAGUUAAAAUUACUUCAAAAUGUGCCUUAAUUAUUUUAAAAUUUAGUUUUUAAGUUUUGUGAAAUAUAUUGUUAAGAAAAUAAAACACAUUAAAAUAAA